AUGACAAAUAAACAGUCGAGUCAAAAUCGUCAAGACCAUCAUUUGACUGUUGAGGUCAUUGCCAUAUCAACCAAGGAAAAUGCUAAUGCGUAUAUUGUAUAUCUAGGAGCACUUCCUGAGAAUGGAUACUCAUCUCCAUCUCAACAUCUCAAAUUGCUACAAAGUCUUGUUGCCUCUAACAAUUCUGCAUCGAGUUUGUUAAUUAGAAGCUAUUCAAGAAGCUUCAAUGGAUUCGCCGCUUAUCUAUCUCUAGCCGAGAGUAGGAGACUGGAAAGUAUGAAAAAAGAAGUGGUCUCUGUGUUUCCAAGCAAUACUUAUGCACUGGACACAACAAGAUCAUGGGACUUUGUAGGAUUGGGUGAGAGAGCGAAACGAGAGAGUGUGAAAGAAAGUGAUGUUAUCAUCGGAGUCUUUGACAGCGGAAUCUGGCCUGAAUCUGAGAGCUUCCACGACCAAGGUUUUGGUCCACCUCCACAGAGAUGGAAAGGUUCUUGUAAUGGUGGCAGAAACUUCACUUGCAACAACAAACUCGUUGGAGCUAGGUUUUACCCCAAAAACUCUGUCUCAGCCAGAGACGACGAUGGCCAUGGGACCCACACGGCGUCCACGGCUGCCGGAAACCCCGUCCAAGCGGCCAGCUUCUACGGCCUGGCUCAAGGCACGGCUCGUGGUGGAGCUCCCUCGGCGAGAGUCGUCGCCUACAAAGUCUGCCGCAAGGACAAAGGCUGCAAAGACGUAGAUAUCCUCGCGGCUUAUGAUGACGCCAUCGCGGACGGAGUUGACGUCAUCUCCAUCUCGAUCUCAAAAGACUCCCCCAAUAUCCUGAGCAAUUCUUUCGCCAUUGGUUCGUUUCACGCAAUGUCUAGAGGUGUUGUCACGGUGGGGUCGGCAGGGAACUUUGGACCAGACCAGGGUACGGUUGCAAAUGUAUCUCCGUGGAUGAUAACCGUCGCGGCCAGUGCUACGGACCGGCGUUUCAUUGACAGGGUCGUUCUUGGUAACGGAAAAACUUUAACGGGUUUGUCAGUUAAUCCAGUAAACUUCAAUGGGACAAAGUUCCCCAUAGUUUACGGCAAAAACGUUUCAAGAACUUGUCCGGAGUUACAAGCCAUCUAUUGCGCCAAAGAUUGUGUGGACAGAGACCUGGUAAAAGGGAAGAUCGUGCUCUGCGACGAGUUCCUAGCAAACAAAGAGCCUUACAAAGCUGGAGCCGUUGGAUCCAUUGUUCUAGACACAUUUACUCGAGACAUCUCCUUUGUCCUCCCGUUUCCGGUCUCUUCUCUGAACCUAGAGGAUUAUGAAUCUGUUAAAUCAUAUGUCAAUUCUACAGAGAAACCAGAAGCGGAGAUACUAAGAAGUGAAGAGAUCAUUGAUAAAGACGCUCCUUAUGUUCCAUCCUUCUCAUCUCGCGGGCCAAGUUUAAUUAUCAAGAACCUAUUAAAGCCUGAUGUAAGUGCACCUGGAUUAGAGAUUCUAGCUGCAUUUUCUCCAGAAGCUUCUCCUUCAGAUAACCCUGGGGACAAGAGAAGUGUGAAGUUUAGUGUAAUGAGUGGCACAUCCAUGGCUUGCCCUCAUGUGGCAGGUGUAGCUGCUUAUGUCAAGUCUUUUCACCCGGAUUGGUCUCCCUCGGCAAUCAAAUCUGCUAUCAUGACAACCGGUAAUGUUCAAAAACCAGAUCUUUCUACGCCCAUGAUGAACGUUAUGAAAAACCCGGACCUAGAAUUUGCAUAUGGAUCAGGCCACAUUAACCCCAUCAACGCCACGGACCCAGGACUUGUGUAUGAGCUAGAGUUACAAGACUACCUCAAAAUGUUGUGUGCGGAGGGUUUUGGUCCACGUUUGCUUACAAAAAUCUCAGGACGGAACAUCACUUGUUCAGAGAGAACAGAAGUCAAGGACCUGAACUACCCAACAAUGACUACAUUCACCUCUGCUCUUAAACCGUUCAACAUCACGUUUACGAGAACCGUUACUAACGUUGGAACACCGAACUCUACCUACAAAGCGAGUGUGUUAUCUUCUCGACCAGAGAUUCAGAUCAGCGUUGAGCCACUAGUUCUGAGUUUCGGUCUUCUGAAGGAGAAGAAAACGUUUGUUGUGACCGUCUCUGGUAAAGGACUGAAAGAUGGAAGUGUUGUAAGCUCGUCUUUGGUUUGGUCUGAUGGGAGUCACAGUGUCAGAAGUCCAAUCGUGGCUUACUCAAUCAACCCCUAUGGCUAA